UGGGCCGGGAGCGGCGCUCGGGCGGGGCGCGGGCCGGCGGCGGGGAGGCGCCCGCGUCCAAGGCCCGGGCCGGGCCUGAGCGCCGCGCCAUGGCGGAGACCAAGAUUAUCUAUCACAUGGACGAGGAGGAGACGCCGUACCUGGUCAAGCUGCCCGUGGCGCCCGAGCGCGUCACGCUGGCCGACUUCAAGAACGUGCUCAGCAACCGGCCCGUGCACGCCUACAAAUUCUUUUUCAAGUCCAUGGACCAGGACUUCGGGGUUGUGAAGGAGGAGAUCUCGGACGAUAAUGCUAGGCUGCCCUGCUUCAACGGCCGCGUGGUCUCCUGGCUGGUCCUGGCUGAGGGCACACACUCGGAUGCAGGGUCUCAGGGCACUGACGGCCACGCAGACCUGCCCCCGCCUCUCGAGCGGACAGGCGGCAUCGGGGACUCCCGGCCCCCCUCCUUCCACCCGAACGUGGCCGGCAGCCGAGACGGGAUGGACGAGACCGGCACAGAGUCCCUGGUCAGCCACCGGCGGGAGCGAGCCCGACGCCGGAACCGCGAGGAGGGUGCUCGAGGCUGCAGGGCCGCCCGUGACCUCCAGGGGACCCCACGGCCAGCCCCCCGCCCUGCUGUCCCCACAGCCACCCGGACCAACGGCCACCCGAGGGGGGACCGGCGGCGGGACCUGGGGCUGCCCCCCGACAGCGCGUCCACCGUGCUGAGCAGUGAACUUGAGUCCAGCAGCUUCAUCGACUCGGAGGAGGAUGACAACACCAGCCGGCUGAGCAGCUCCACGGAGCAGAGCACCUCCUCCCGGCUCAUCCGGAAGCACAAGCGCAGGCGGCGGAAGCAGCGCCUGCGGCAGACAGAUCGGGCCUCCUCCUUCAGCAGCAUCACGGACUCCACCAUGUCCCUGAAUAUCGUCACCGUCACGCUCAACAUGGAGAGGCACCACUUCCUGGGCAUCAGCAUCGUGGGCCAGAGCAAUGACCGGGGCGACGGCGGCAUCUACAUCGGCUCCAUCAUGAAGGGCGGCGCUGUGGCUGCCGACGGACGCAUCGAGCCGGGUGACAUGCUGCUGCAGGUGAACGACGUCAACUUUGAGAACAUGAGCAACGACGACGCGGUGCGGGUCCUGCGGGAGAUCGUGUCCCAGACAGGGCCCAUCAGUCUCACUGUGGCCAAGUGCUGGGACCCGACGCCCCGGAGCUACUUCACCAUCCCGAGGGCUGACCCCGUUCGGCCCAUCGACCCGGCCGCCUGGCUGUCGCACACGGCGGCGCUGACCGGAGCCCUGCCCCGCUACGGUACGAGCCCCUGCUCCAGCGCCGUCACGCGCACCAGCUCCUCCUCACUAACCAGCUCGGUGCCCGGCGCUCCGCAGCUAGAGGAGGUGCCGCUGACGGUGAAGAGUGACAUGGGCGCUGUCGUCCGGGUCAUGCAGCUGCCGGACUCAGGCCUGGAGAUCCGCGACCGCAUGUGGCUCAAGAUCACCAUCGCCAACGCCGUCAUCGGGGCGGACGUGGUGGACUGGCUGUACACGCACCUGGAGGGCUUCCGUGAGCGGCGGGAGGCGCGCAAGUACGCCAGCAGCAUGCUGAAGCGCGGCUUCCUGCGGCACACGGUGAACAAGAUCACCUUCUCCGAGCAGUGCUACUACGUCUUCGGGGACCUGUGCAGCAAUUUCGCGGCCCUGAACCUCAACAGCGGCUCCAGCGGGGCCUCGGAUCAGGACACGCUGGCCCCGCUGCCCCACCCGGCCACCCCCUGGCCCCUGGGGCAGGGCUACCCCUACCAGUACCCGGGGCCCCCGCCCUGCUUCCCGCCCGCGUACCAGGACCCCGGUUUCGGCUACGGCAGUGGCAGCGCUGGCAGUCAGCAGAGCGAAGGAAGCAAAAGCAGUGGGUCCACCCGGAGCGCUGGCGGGAGCAGCCGUCGGGCCCUGGGGCGCGAGAAGGAGAGCCGCUCGGCUGGAGCUGGGGGCAGUGGCAGCGAGUCGGACCACACGGUGCCAAGCGGGGUGGGCAGCGGCGGCUGGCGGGAGCGUCCUGCUAGCCAGCUCAGCCGUGGCAGCAGCCCGCGCAGCCAGGCCUCGGCCGCCGCCCCGGGGCUCCCCCCGCUGCACCCCCUGACAAAGGCGUACUCGGUGGUGGGCGGGCCGCCCGGGGGCCCGCCUGUCCGGGAGCUGGCCGCUGUCCCCCCAGAGCUGACAGGCAGCCGCCAGUCCUUCCAGAAGGCCAUGGGGAACCCCUGUGAGUUCUUUGUCGAUAUCAUGUGACCAAGGGGAGAGUGCUUCCAGCCCGGCCGUGGGGCAGCCAGCGGUCCUGCUGCGCCUGCAGGGGGGCAUUGCACCUGGAGCUUGUGUGGCCUUCGUGGCCUUCUGGGCCAGACCAGCCUGUGCUUCGCGCCGUGGGGUCUGGGCCUGGCCAGAGUGGCGGCAGGCUAGAGGGGAGGGGCUGAGGGCAGCCCCGC